AUGAAUCCUAACACGGAAUUAUAAUAAUUUUCAACAAAAUUUGAUGAAUCUCAGAUAAUAAUGAUUGAAUAAAAUAAAUAAAAAAAUAAGAAUUCGAUUGAAUGUCAUUGCUGUAAAAAUAUAGUCAGUUCUAAAUUUACUAAAGUUAAUGCUCGAUAUGUAUGCUUUCAAUGUUUAGAUUAAAUCUCUCUUUUAAAAGUCAAAUAUGAUUUAUCUCCCUAAUCCAAAUUAUUUCAAAGUCCUGUUAAUAAUUAUUAUUGUAAAUUGACAAUGACACCUACAUCUUAAUUUGAUUUUACUAUUUCUCUAUGCUAAAUAUGUUAUUAAACUAAAAUGCUGAUCAAAGUAUGUAAUAAGAAUCACUUUUUUUGUGAGACUUGUAUAUCAUCCUUUAUUUAAAGUAAUUUUGAUAAUACUGUAAAUUGUUUUCAUAAUGAUUGUAAUGAAAAUAUCAACUAUUAACUCAUGUAUUUAUAUCUAGAACCUCAUUAAUUGAUAAAAUGGAUACCAAUAACCAAAUAAAUUCAUUGUAUUGGAUAGUAUUGUUCUGGAGUUUGGUCUGUUUGGCCUACUUAUAUUUAAGGAAAUGUAGAAAUCAUAUCUUUAAAUUAAUGCAAAUGUUAAUUGUGUCAUAUUCAAUUCUGUUAUAAAUGCAGAACUAUUCAUACUGGUCUUGAAUGCAGUAAUGAGAUUUUAUUAAAAAACUAUUUAGAAUAACAUAAAUGUUUUAGAUGUAAUUGUUGUAGAAGUUUAUGUUAACCAUAAUUCUGUCAUCAAAAUCAGAAAAUCAUGAAAUUUAAGUAUAAUUUUAAACAUUUAUUUAGAGAAUGGCAAUACAAUAUAUAUGAAUGUUAUGUUUGUAAAAAAUAAUUUUGUUAUGAUUGCUAAGCAUAAACUAGCAUUACAUUAUUCUCAAAUAGCAAAUGUGAUAAUUGUAUAAAUACAUAUAAAGCAUGGAAAAGAAAAUAACAGAGAAUUCCAAAAUUUAAGAGAAUCUUAUAACUUCUAUUCACAGCAUUAAUCUUGGUUUUAUAUUCAAUUUAUUCAAUGAUCUUUAUUUAGAUCCCUUAAAUACUUGAUUAUUUUGUAAAUAAGAUUGAUCCAAUAUGUGAAAGUCAAGAUCCUAUUAAGAUAAUUUUAUUAAUAAUUAACCUACCUUUUAUUAUAAUUAUAUUUUUUUUGGUUUAUGCUAUUACACUAAUACCUUUAGCAAUAUAUAAUAGUUUUUAGACUUUUAUUGUUAAAUAAGGAAAAGUAAAUAAUGAUAUAUGA